UCUGGUCGUCAUAGCGAUCCGAGACAUCACCAAGGGAGAGGAGAUCACCGUUGACUACAGCCUGACCGAGUGGGGAGACAACACUAUGGGUUUCCGUGGUACCGUGUCUCCAGGGAGAUAUGAGUGUAUCUCUGACCCUGAGAACAACAGUAUCAAAAAGGAGGAAGAGUCCGGGCCCGUGCCCCCAUCUCUCUCUGCCCAGGACUACCUCACCCCUUCCUGGCCCCUGUCCCCUUCUUCCUCCCCCCUCUCCCACUCCAACGCCAGCGACUCGGAUCCCCAGAAUGAGGGGGGCGAGGACGGGGGUCAGAGACGCACACCUUGCCGCCGCAAACGCCGCCGGACCACCACCCCCUCCAAAAAGAGAUCCACCCCUCACCGGACGUCCCCGGGCCGCCCUCCCCUCUCCGCGUCCUACCGCCCCAUCACCUUCUCCCCCCCUCCCUCUUCCUCCACCUCUUCUCGCCCUUCUCUGUUCAAAUCCCCGGCUCCGUUGGGGCCCAACACGACGGCGAACAUCAGCAUUAACAUUGCCAGGGGGGUCGGCAUGGGCGUGCCCCCCCCAGAAGCUGAGCUGCACCUACUGCGGGCGCCACUUCCGCUCACUGGGGCGCCACCUGGACAAGCACCACCCCAACCAGCCCGAGAUCCGCGCCGUGCUCAUCGAGCGCUUUAUGCCCCACCUGGCGGCCGCGCACGCCGCACACCACGCUCAGUCCCAGCAGCAACCUCGGUCAUCAUCGGCGUCAUCAGGAGCGGAGCAAAACUCCCACAAGCCACCACAGGGGGGCACCGCAGCCGCCCUGUCUCCUCAACGUCCCACCGCCACCACCGCCCAAUCCCCUUCCUCCUCCGUCGGGAGAAACUCCUCCCCCCUGGUGUUGACUCCGCCCCGAGGGUGCAGUGCCAUGGCCGUGUCCGUUCUGAAGAGAAGCCCACCUCCGGUGGCUGUGGCCCCGCCCAGAAAGGCGGGACUGCGCAAAGUGAAGAAGGAAAAAGAGGAGGAGGAAGAUUUGGUGGAGGUGGUGAAGCCCAAAGAAGAGGAGGAAGAGGCAGAGGCGGCUUGUCCCCACGUCUUUCAGCAGACGCCCAAAGAGAUGGAACGGACGCCUAAAGAGGAUGGAAAUGAAGAAGAGGAGGAAAACGGAAUGAUGGAAGACGACAGUGGAGCGGAGGAUAAGGAGAAGGAGUUAUUGAGUUCGGGCCGUCUCCAUAUGCUGCCCCUCCUCUCCUCCCUGUCUUCCCUGGUUCUCUACCUGCGCAGGCUCCAGCACUCUGCCUUCCUCUCCCUGUCCCGCCAGCUCCAAUCCGCCGAGGCCUGGCGCCUCCUGUGCCACUCCUCCCUCGCCCUGCUCAUCCUCUACAACCGUCGGCGCGAGUGCGAGGUCUCCAAACUGGCCAUAGCCGAAUACCGUGCCCGUGUCACCCCCCAGUGCCCUGUGCCGGUGCCCCCCGGCGCCCCACCCGCCCUCACACCCCUGGAGGCAUCGCUUUCGCCCUUUGAGCGUCUCGUGCUUCCGCAUUUGCCUCGAGUAGGUGUCCAGGGCAAACGAGGAAGAGUCCAGCCCCUCAUCCUGCCACCGCACUGCGAGCCGUGUCUGGAACUCCUCCUCCAGACCAGGCAAGACGUCGGCGUCGAUCCCCAGAACCCGUACGUCUUCGCCCGGCCGUACCACUCCCCAGCCACCCCCCUCCGGGGCACCGACCUCCUCCGGAGCCUGGCCCGCUCCAGCGGCACCCGGAACCCCCGCGCCCUCACCCAGACCCGCGUCCGGCGCCAGGUCGCCAUCUUGACGCAGCUGCUAUUGCUCGGCGAGGGGGAGGAGCCAGGACAGCCGGGAGGGAACGCGGUAGAACGCCUGGAACACUUCCUGGAGCGCGAGUACCACGUGACGCAGAGCUGCGGCAGGAUUGGCCAGGACCCGGGGCUGAUGGGUAGGGUGGGGCGCGUGGUGCUGUGCGGGGAGAGAGACGGGGUGCUGUUCCGAGGGAUGAGCCUCCACCACAUCUGUCUGGAGCUUGACGUGAUGUCAGGGAACUCGGCCGACUCGUACUCGGAGGGUGACUCUGACGGCGAGGGGGGGAAGGAGAAGGGCGAGGUGGCCCCUCCCAGCCUGCUGAUGGUGAGGAAGGGCAGGACCAACGGCAGGACGCCGCGUGCCAGGAAACUCAAGGUCACACCCUCCUCCGCAUCGCCCCUCUCCCCCUCGCUCCCCGGCCGCAGGAGAGGCUCAGGUGGGCCCAAAUCAGGCAAACGCGGCGUCCUCAAGCGCCCGUGGUCGGACGCGGAGCGCGCCGCUGUGGAGGAGCACCUGACCUGCAACAUCGCCGAGCUGCGUGUGCCGGCCAAGGCCGACUGCGAGCGCUGCCUUCAGAGCUGCCCGCUGCUGGUCACCAACCGGCGCGACUGGCGGGCCAUCAAGUUCUACUGUCACAACCGCAUCCAGCUGCUGAAGAAGAACCAGCGGCGCGAGGGCGACGGGACGCCCAUCAUGGUGUGCUGAGAAGACUGACGGACAGACUGUGAGAUUGAUGGAUGGACACGACAAUAGCUCCACAGUAUCCUCACUAAGCGUGCUACUUAUGAAGGAAGGAAGCCAAAACAGAGGAGUGGUCAACUCCGUAACGUUACAGCAAUGACGGUCAACUCUGUAAUAUUUUUUUUUUGCUGAUGGUCAACUCUGUGGCGCAACAGAGUUGAUGCUUAAGGAAGCAAUGUAAUGGCCGUGUGUUUAAAGUGGUAUGCUAAUGUGGGUAUUGGAAUGUAGCCUACAUCUCAUUAAGCAGGUUUCCAUCCAAGCUUUUUAAGUACAUGUCGGGUCCAAAAUGUCAUGACCGGCCUGAUGGAAACAGAACAUUUGUCGGUAAAUUUUCCAACUGUCAACAAAACAAAAUAAG